AUGGCUAUAUUCACUCAUCUUGGCUUCAUUAUCAUAUCAUUGCUAACAUUAUCCUUAAACUGUUACGAAACUGAUGCAAGAGAAAAGAGUAACACGACUGCAAAAUAUGUGGCAGUCAUACUGUUUUCCUUACUUAUGUUGUACGGUGCUUUUGGAAAUAUAAUGAUGGCAGUUGUACUCUGCUGUCGGGACAGUCCUUACAGUCAUGCAUUCAUUGUGAUCACAUCACAACUAAUCAUCUGUGAUCUGCUGACUUUUCUACCAGUGAUUGUAGUUUUACCUUCAAUACUACAAAAUGAAAAUCAGUCGAAUGUUCAUCAAAUGACAUGGAUUGUCCGCACGACCUCAUCGCUAAAACCGUUUACAUUUCUCUCCCUAAUACAUUUCCUGCUGCUGUUAACAAUAAAUCGCUUUGUUGCGCUAAUUUUGCCAAAAUAUAAUGAAUUUUUCGAAUCAGCAAAGCUAUAUUUUAUAAUCAUUCUCAUAUGGUUCUCAGCUUUAGGGAUUUCAACUGUCGAUCUUUACUUUUGCACUAGAGGCUUUAAUGCUUUGAAAUUGCGCUGGACAGAAAAUUGCACAAUACACUCAAGUGAAAUUUUCCUGAGGAUUCGCUAUCUGUGGUUGUCACUCUUACCUAUUGCGAUGUUCAUUAUGUAUGUUGCGAUGUUCUGCAGUAUACGUCGUAAACGUCGUUUUACUUCAGACAUCAGUCAAGCACGGAAAACUUCAAGGAUUAUUACUACAUGGAAAAGAAUGAACAUUGGGAAAUCUUAUGAACAGUCGAUGCUAAUUCAGGCUGCACUGAUUUGUGGCUUUAUGGAACUCGGAGUUAUUUUUCACAAUUUACUACCGCUUGUGAUUGAAAAACACAACCAGCACGAUGUAUCAUUAGCUAUUUUGAUUAACUGCUACAGCAUUUGCGGUCGUUCCAUUCUGCCUACAAUUUAUUUCAUUUACAAUAAACGAGCUCGGAAUUUUGUAAAGUGUUUCUUUCUACGUUUGCAUUUGAAAGUUGGAAUUGGAAGAGCUGCUGUUGUGGCUCAUGCUAACUAG